AUGUAUAUAGAUAAAGAUAGUAAAGUAAUCCUUCUACCAACCAUAUCUAACAACAACCAAUCAGAAUUCAAGAUUGUUCAAUUACCAACAUCAAAUAAUUUACAACAAUUAAAAUCAUAUCUAAUUAAUCAAUCUACAAUCUAUGAACUCAAUGAAAUAAAAGGACAAGAAUCAAAUAAAAUAAAACUUAAAACCGGAGAUGCUGUUAAAUCAUUCAUAAUCGAAUCACCAUCCAAUGAUAAUGAUGGGGCAAUUAUUCAAUCUAGUAAAAUGAUAAUCUCAUCAAAAUUCAAUAUUAUUUAUUUAUUAAUCUCAAUCAUAUAUUCUUCUUGGAAAGGAGAAUCAUCAAAUUUCAUCACGAUUGAUGAUUUGAUGGAUAGAUUAUCUUGGGCUCAUGAAUUACCAAUAGAAAUAUUCAAUCAGGCCAUACCGAUGAUUUGUGAUGAUAUUAUUGAAGGUGGAGAAGUAUUUUAUAAAUUUUCAAAAGUGAAAGCAUUUGAGUUUGUUAAUGAUCAUAUUGUAAAACUUAAGGAAUAUUAUUUUGCUGGUAGUGCGAAUAAUGAGAAUACAAUAAUUGGAAAGAUAAAGGGGGAAUUAAGUGAUCCAACUAUUGCCGGUGCAACAGUGAAAGAUGAUGGAGGAAAGGGUGUUAGAGUAUUGGAAGCAUUGACAUUAUCAUAUGCUAUUGAUUAUAUUUGUGAUUCAUAUAUUGAAAAUCUGAUAAAAUUUAAACAAGAACUUAUAGAUCAUUUCAAAUAUGAUUUCAAUGAAAUGAAUGAAUAUUUAGAUCAAUUAAAACAAAAGAAGAAGGAUAUUGCCAUUGUAGAAUCUAAUAUGAAUGAACUUAUAACAACUUCGGUUAAAAAUAAUAAAAAGAAGAAUGAAACUACCAAGAAAGUCACCAAAACUAAAAAGAAAGAAGUCAAGAAAGUUGCAGUUGGGAAAGGUGCUCUUGAUGGAUUCUUUAAAAGAACAUAA